AUGGGAUAUACGCAGGGCUGGAACACUUCAAAACUGAAAAGAAAAGGUGAUCAAUUUACGGACGAUGAAGAGCUCCACGAUGGGCCCUACCACAGAGACAAGAGAUAUAGAAAUGGAAAGCUAAACACAGCAGAGUAUGAUUCUGAUUCCAGUGUUGAGAGUUAUACAGAUGAUGAAAAUAAUGGGAGGGGAAUGGAUGCAAAAAUCAAUGAGGUGGAUGAGAAAAAGGAUGAAGAUAUGUUUUCAUCAGAUAAUUACAAACACAGCGAAGGCCAUGAAAAGCUGAAGAAAUCAAACAUGAAACUUUUGGAUAUUGCAGAAUUCAAGAAAGAAAAUUUGGUUGGCUUAGAUUAUACCAUUGAAAAUUCAGAAACUGAAAAGGAAGAGGAGGGUGUAAAUAUAGAGCCAUUCAAUAUAGAUGACGAAAUGGAACACGGAGUAUUCGAUAGAGAUGGUAAUUAUAUAAAGACAGAAAUUAACGCAGAAAAUGAAUCGCAAAAUAACGAGGAAUGGAUGAAUGAUGUUAUAAAGACGGAAGAUGUGAACCGUUUAGAGAAGAAACAGAAUGUGAAGGCAGGAAAUUCAAGACACUAUAUGGUACAUGAGGCAUUGAUUCUUCUUAAGUUUUUUCUUGCUGAUGACAAAGAAACAGCGCUAAAAUCCUUAGGAAGAUUAAACAAACUGCGAAAAAAAGCAAUUACCGAGCAAGAAAAAUCGCUAAGAUAUGUUAUACAUGGAAUCAAGCUGUUGUCCGAUUUAAUCAAUAUAUUGGAGAAUAAGGGAUUUAGCGAAGUAUAUGAUUUUGACCGUAGAAAAGUAGAGGAUGCCAUAGAAGAAGAGAUUUUUGACGAAUCUUCCAGAAUAGAUAAUCAUAAAACAAAACUAUGGGACUUCAAGUGGUUGGGCAAACUAGACGAAAAACACGGCCAGUAUACGAACUAUGAAAUGUCGUACUGGCAAAAAACCUACUUCCACGACAACGUCGUCGUAAAAUUUCAAAGCGAACCCGAUGAAGACCAAAACUGGAUACAUGUAUCAUGUUUAAGAUUUAUGUAG